AGGACGCGUAUCCAUUGCCAAUAGUUUCUCAGCUUUUUGAAAGAAAAUAAUAGUGCUUGACGUCAUGAGAACGAUGAAUUUAUUUUAGCAAAGUGGUGCCGUUUUCGUGGUGACAUUUGUGUAAGAUAAUUAAUGUGUUUAGUGAAAUAGCGAAAAUGGAGACUGAUUGGAAUGUCGAAGAUCCACCGACACCGAAGGUGACUUCUCUGACAUCAUUAGACACAGGAGUGCGGCCCGCGCCCAGCGGGGCUGCGUACGUCGCAGAGAGGAACACAUGUUUGAAUUUAUUUUCAAGAUGGAACGAAACGGACCAGGUGGAGUUUGUAGAGCAACUUUUGGCGCGAAUGUGUCACUACCAGCAUGGACACAUCAAUGCAUACCUCAAGCCGAUGUUGCAGCGGGACUUCAUCAGUAUGCUGCCCAAGAAAGGUCUAGACCAUGUAGCGGAGAAUAUCCUAUCAUAUUUAGACGCGAACUCUCUGUGCGCGGCCGAGCUGGUCUGCAGAGAGUGGCAGCGCGUCAUCAGCGAGGGUAUGCUGUGGAAGAAGCUGGUGGAACGGAAAGUCAGGACUGAUUCUUUAUGGAGGGGGCUCGCUGAAAGAAGAGGAUGGAUUUUAUACUUAUUCAAACCGAAGCCCGGAUGUCAGCAUCCCUCGCACAGCUUCUACCGACAGCUGUACCCCAAGAUUAUACAAGAUAUACAAUCUAUUGAAGACAACUGGAGGAUGGGUAGGCACAAUUUGCAGAGGAUAAACUGUCGUUCAGAGAAUUCAAAAGGCGUUUACUGCUUACAAUAUGAUGAUAACAAGAUUGUCUCCGGACUCAGAGAUAAUACCAUCAAGAUAUGGGACAGGAAGACGUUACAGUGUGUCAAGGAGCUGCAAGGACAUACAGGGUCAGUACUCUGCCUGCAGUAUGAUGAGAGAGCAAUCAUCUCCGGCUCCUCGGACAGCACAGUACGAGUGUGGGAUGUGGCCACCGGAGCCAUGCUGAACACCCUCAUACACCACUGCGAGGCUGUGCUGCAUCUCAGGUUCUGUAAUGGAAUGAUGGUUACGUGCAGUAAGGACCGUUCGAUAGCAGUAUGGGACAUGACGUCGACGACAGAGAUAAUGCUGCGGCGGGUACUGGUCGGCCACCGCGCUGCUGUUAAUGUGGUCGACUUUGACGAGAAAUACAUAGUCAGUGCCAGCGGGGAUCGUACUAUUAAAGUGAGAAUAUAUCAUACUAAUCUAUACUCUAUGCUAUAUGUUUUAAGUUUCGACAACAAGCGGAUAGUAAGCGGCGCGUACGACGGCAAGAUCAAAGUGUGGGACCUUCGCGCGGCGCUCGACGUGCGCACGCCGCACCAGGACCUCUGCCUGCGCACACUGGUCGAGCACACGGGUCGAGUGUUCCGCCUCCAGUUCGACGAGUUCCAGAUAGUGUCGUCAUCACACGACGACACUAUCCUGGUGUGGGACUUCCUGAACU